UUCUCGAACGCACAUCUAAACACGUGCUGUUGAAACGUCACUUUGACACAAAAGUUUUAAAAAAUUAUUUUUUCUGCAUUUUGUGGAUUUUUUGAAUUUUAUAAAUUUAUUGCAAAUAUUUUAACAUGGAAAACGAAUUGGAAAUGGAUAUUGUUGAACCCGAUGAUGGCGAUGAAGAAAUGGACAACGAGGGUAGCGAUGAUGAAGAAGCUGCCAAGAAACCAAAAGAAGUCUACUUGCCCGGUAAAACUCUUGAUGAAGGCGAGGAGCUAGUAUGCGAUGAAUCAGCUUAUGUUAUGUUACACCAAGCCUCAACUGGUGCUCCAUGUCUUAGCUUCGACAUCAUUCCCGAUGAAUUGGGUGAGUCUCGUGAAAAAUACCCACUUACAGCUUACAUGGUAGCUGGCACUCAAGCAUCUCGUACACAUGUCAACAAUCUCAUUGUCAUGAAAAUGCACAAUCUUCACAAGACUCAGGAGAACGAUGAUGAUGAAGAAGAGGACAAAGAAGAUGAAGAAUUGGAUGAUUCAGAAGAUGAAGAUCUUGGUAAUGAGGUGGCAAAAAAACCACACAUGACUUGUGCCUUAAUUAAGCAUCAAGGAUGUGUUAAUAGGGUUCGAGCAAGCAAGCUGGGAAAUAGUGUUUUUGCUGCUUCUUGGAGUGAACUCGGAAGAGUCAAUAUUUGGGAUCUAACAAAGCAAUUGCAAGCUGUAGAAGAUGAUCAAUUGAUGAAACAAUAUGAACAAGAAUUGGCUAAUGCUGGUGUAAAGCCGGUCUUUACAUUUACCGGUCAUCAGCAGGAAGGAUUUGCCAUGGAUUGGAGUCCAGUGGCUCAAGGAGUCUUGGCAACUGGUGAUUGCAAACGUGACAUACACAUUUGGUCGCCACUAGAAGGUGGAUCGUGGAAAGUUGACCAACGUCCAUUGGUCGGUCAUAUUGAAUCCGUUGAAGACUUGCAAUGGAGUCCCAAUGAAAAGAGCGUGUUGGCAUCUUGCUCCGUCGACAAGACCAUCCGCAUUUGGGAUUGCAGAGCUGCACCACAAAAAGCUUGCAUGCUUACUUGUGAGAAUGCCCAUGAGAGCGAUAUAAAUGUAAUUUCAUGGAAUCGUAGUGAACCCUUCAUUGCUAGUGGCGGUGAUGAUGGAUUCCUUCACAUAUGGGACUUGCGACAAUUCCAAACGAAAAAACCAAUAGCAACAUUCAAACACCACACUGAUCAUAUUACUACUUUGGAAUGGAAUCCCAAAGAUGCUACUGUUUUAGCAUCUGGAGGGGAUGAUGAUCAAAUUGCUCUAUGGGAUUUGGCUGUUGAGAAAGAUCAAGAUCAAGGAACGGACGAAUCGAAGAAUGAUGAUGAACUAAGCAAGCUUCCUCCUCAAUUGCUAUUUAUCCAUCAAGGUCAAAAGGAAAUCAAAGAACUUCAUUGGCAUCCACAAUUGCCUGGUGUUAUUUUAUCUACUGCACAUAGUGGAUUUAAUAUUUUUAGAACGAUAAGUGUUUAAAUUAAUGUUUUUCUUUUUUAAUUUUCUUUUUAUUAUGAACUAAAAAAUCAGGUAUUUUUGUAAAAUACGACCAAAUAUGAA